AUGAUUGUGUAUGAGGCAAAAGCAUGGACACUCUUGAUGAUCCUCAGAAUACGAGGAUCAGUGUUUCCGAAGGGUUUGCGCUGGGCGGUGCCGAACGCCAUAUUUGCAGCCCUGCUACAUGAUCUGCUUCGAAGGUUUGCACCAGACCAUAACAGCAACGGCUUGCCGGACUUUGCGGAGCAAAUGGAUGGUGUGGAGGUAAUGUGGUCCGGCUACACCUUCGUCCUUGGCUUCCUAGUUGUGUUCCGGAACAACCAGGCAUACUCCCGCUUUUGGGAGGGUGCGACGUUGAUCAGUCAAGUCCGUGGUGAGUGGUUCAACGCCGUUUCAUCUCUCUUUGCCUUCGCCUCGCGGAAACCCGAGAAGGCCGAGAAGGUCUUGGAAUUCAAGCAGCUUCUCGUUCGCCUGGCAAGCAUGAUGUACUGUGCAGCACUACAGCAGGUGUGUGACACAGACGCUGACGACUCGGUAGAGAUCCUCGACACGGAGGGCAUCGCUCCGGGCCAUUUAGAGUUCCUGCUGGAAGCGCACGACCAAUGCGAGGUCCUUCUUCAGUGGGUUCAGCAGCUCAUCGUGGAAUCUGCAGAUGGAGGAGUCCUCGAUGUGCCUCCGCCGAUUCUGUCUCGAGCGUUCCAGGAGCUCUCCCGCGGCAUUGUGACAUUAAACAAUGCGCGGAAGAUCAAGGACAUACCUUUCCCGUUUCCCUAUGCGCAGAUGCUGGUUUGCAUGCUGACAGUGCAUUGGGUAGUCACGCCGAUGCUGGCGAGCUUGGUGGUGGCGACCUGGUGGUGGGCUGCGUUUAUGUCCUUCCUGGUGACAGGAUCGUUUUGGUGCCUGAUGUACAUCGCCAUAGAGAUCGAUCAGCCCUUCGGUGCUGAUGCCAACGAUUUGCCCAUCAAGGAGAUGAUGCGGGACUACAAUAGGAGUCUGCUAUCUUUGCUCCACUCUGCAGCUCAGAAAGCACCUUCCUUCUCAUCAAUGCCAAAGAGUCCUAUGUUCGUGCAGAGCAAGGAAGCCUGCCUGACAUUUUCGGCGCGAAAACGGCUGAUGAGUUACAGCGACGGCGCCCUGGACCGUCACAGCAAGCGUAGUCUGCCUUCUGUCUUCACGGCGGUGCCGUCGAUGGAAGUUCCUAGGCCAUCGACGCCGGAAGAGAGCUGUGCAAAGCCUGCCAUUCCGGAGGAGGGGGCAGACUGUGAAAAGCCUGGUGAAGAUGCUGACAGCAAACCUGGAGACGAGAGAAUAGCAAUCAAAACUGAUCAGUUCUCUGUGCCGGAGGAAAAUCCUCCCCCAUCAGCCCAGCGGCCAGCAGACAGCGGAGUUCAUAAAGCAGGUUUCCCUGGACGGGAUCAGCUUGCCACAGGAGCAACCGACGUAGACGCCACAGGCAUGGCUUGA